AUGUAUACGAAUAGUUUUUCGUUAGCAGAUAUCUCUUUAUUUUUUGUUUACGGCGAACUUAGUGUUCAAAAGCGCACAUAUUUCUAUAUACCUACCUACCUGUCUGUCUAUCGACCUACCUACCUACCUGUCUGUCUAUCGACCUACCUGUCUGUCUAUCUAUCUGUCUGUCUAUCGACCUACCUGUCUGUCUGUCUAUCUAUCUGUCUGUCUAUCGACCUACCUGUCUGUCUGUCUAUCUAUCUGUCUGUCUAUCGACCUACCUGUCUGUCUGUCUGUCUAUCUAUCUGUCUGUCUAUCGACCUACCUGUCUGUCUGUCUAUCUAUCUGUCUGUCUAUCGACCUACCUAUCUGUCUAUUUAUCUAUCUUCCUGUCUGUCUAUCUAUCUGUCUGUCUUAAAUUAUAAACUAUACUUCAAUCUUUUUUCAUUCGAUGUGACGUCCAUUUUGUCUGACAAUACACUUUCCUUCUUUCUUUCUUUCUUUCUUUCUUUCUUAAUGCAUGCACUCCCUUCCCUCUCUCCCCCUUUGUGUACUCCCUUCCUCUCUCCCCCUUUGUGUGCUCCCUUCCUCUCUCUCCGCCCCUUUGUGUGCUCCCUUACCCCUCUCCCCUUUGUGUGCUCACUUUUCUCUCUCUCCACCCCUUGCGCGCUCCCUUCCCCCCUCUCCCCUUUUCUCUCCCCCCACCCCUUGAACGCUCCCUUUCCCCUUGUGUGCUCCCUUUCCACUCAGCCUACUUCUUCUCUCCCCUGCUAUCUGUUAAUUUGCCCUUUGCUCCCAUCUUUCUGCACACCUUUUUUUUUUUUUUUUCUCUGCCUUCCCUCUCGCUUUCUACUCCUUUUUUUCAUACAAAGAAAAUACUCUGCCAACAGGCAGGAAUAUUACUUUCCUGUAUCACAGUUCCUCCGAAUGUCAAACGAGAGAAAGUGUAAAGAAAUUCUCCCCCUACUUUUUUUUGGUUUGCUUUACCUUCCAUCAAAGGUCCUCUCUUCCUUCUCUGCUCUUUACUUUAUCUUUGCAAAACACAUGACUGCUCUUUCGUCCCCAGAACCCAUAAAUGAACCAGAUAAGAAAAGUUGCUAA